AUAUCUUAUUGUAGAAGGCCCUUAAGAGAAUUAACCAAUCAAAGCUUUUUAGAACAAAAAGUAGUCCAUAUUCUAGUGAUUAAAAAACAGUCUCAGAUUGGCUUUUGCUCCUUCCGUGCAGGGGUAUGCGCCAUAUAAGCAAAGAAGAAAAAAGAAGUUGUUGAUUGUGUUGCAAAUUUUGAUGUGAUUGAAUAUACAAAUCAUUGUUAUUCAAUAAGUGAUUAAUACUGCACAGAAAAGUAGCAUUGUGUAUGUAUUGUAAAUAGUAUUUUUUAGAUUUAAAAUGUCUACUACAUCACAGAAACACAAAAAUUUUGUGGCAGAGCCAAUGGGAGACAAACCUGUUACAGAAUUGGCUGGUGUUGGAGAAGUAUUAGGCAAAAGAUUAGAAGCUGCAGGUUUUGACAAGGCAUAUGUAGUAUUAGGACAGUAUUUAGUGCUAAAGAAGAAUAAGGAAUUAUUUCAAGAAUGGAUGAAAGAUGCCUGCUCAGCAAAUGCUAAACAGUCUUUAGAUUGUUACCAAUGCCUUACAGACUGGUGCGAAGAAUUCUUGUAAAGUGAUCAAAUCGUCAUCUGAGGGCUAAGUUGUGUUUAAAAACAUAUAGAUAUAAAAAUCUUCUAGUCCUCAGAUAAUAAAAUAUACAUACAUAUAUAUAUAUAU